GUGCCGUGGGAGGAAGUAUGAGCAUCGAAAAGGAGAGGGAAAAUAGUUUAUCUACCAGAGGAUAAUAGGACAUUUCAUCAUGCGGAUCACGAGAGUUUUAUGCGAAGAUGUCACUAAGCUCAUACAACGCUUCAGUCGAUACCAACAAUCUUCUUUGUCGAUUGAGCAAUUCACGACUUUCGGUGAGUACAGUAGAUUUUCCAUUCUUUAUUAAGGAGUAAAGGUCGUCUUUUCAUAACAAUUAACGGUAUUAAGUGAAUGGAUCAGUUUGGAGAUGAAAACGCAUUUUCAAUACUACGAUCUCUUCCACACCGUUUCACAGAUAGACAAUCAGUCAGAAAAACUACAUCAAUUACGUUACUUUGUAAGAGUCAUUUUUCUCCAUUUGUUUGGUUCGCUCUAGCAGCGCAAUUGCUUUUAAAUCUGCUCUACGGUAACCUCUGCCUAAAUGCAACUUCGGCCAGAUUUUUUCGCAAACACGUUUUCUUUUAAUUAACCCUCCCCACCUUUGUUGAUGGAUAUUUUCGCGCGCUUAUUCGCGCGUAAAAAAACAAUCCUUUAUCAUGUUUUCUAGAUUAAAGAGAUCGAAAUUUAUACAUUCUCCGCUUUGAAAGCUUCAGGUUUUUUUCGGUGAAUUGAUCAUCAAAUCAAGUUACGGGGGGGUCUGUUUAUCUGAAAUCGUGUUUCACUUUAAAGGUCAUUUACUUUCCUGACGUAGUGGACGGCGCCCCCAGAAUGCCCCUUUUUCCGUGUUUAUGUUUGAAACGCAUCCGAUUUUCGAUUACUUUUACGUCAUAUGAUGGUCCGGAGGUUGAAUAUCAUGAUUCAUCAUCUGUUUUUAUGUGAAAUUCAGUCAACAAUAUAACUCCUGUCGUUAAAGGUCUCUCAUUUUAACCUGGUUUCUGACAUGGUUUCAAUACCUUGAAUGUUUACUCAGUUGCCCCGCCAUAAUUUUGUGAAUUCCCUCAAAAUGUUUUAUUGUCAGUUCCUUACCAUGUUAUUGAAAAUGUAAGUUUGCCCUACAAAUGUUACUCACUGAACAAAAAGUUUUGGCUUUCAUACACUGUAAACAUUAUUAAAAUUUAAGUAUAAAUUAUGUGCUUUAUUUAUGAUGUAUUCCAGUAAAACUAGCUCUUGUCAAAAAAUUAUCUGAUCUACAAGUUACUUGAAGAUUUUAAUAACCGAGACCCAAUUUCCAUACUGUAAAUAAUUUUUUUGUUGUAGUUAUAUAAUUGUUUUGUUGAAACAAUUAUGAGAAAACUUCAAGAUUUUACUCAUCCAACAAUGCGUACGCUUUUGAUGAUUAGUGGAGCUCCUCUGUGCAUCAGUGCAAUGUUUUUCCCAUUUUAUGUUUUAAACCCUUAUUAUUUAGCACACAAACUCACAGAGAUAAAUGGCAUGUUAAUUUAUCUAAGACUAAGGCAUAAAUAGUGGAACAAUAUCAAAUUGCACAUCUUCAUUUUGCAAUGUCAUGAUUAUUCUAUGGGAGAGAAACCUUUAUGAAAAAGGUGCUAACCAAGAGGCCCUUUAUGUAAAAGAAAUAGCUUAAGAAUAUUUUUAAACUGCAAGUCAGUUAUGAUUAAAUGUAGUUAGGAUACAUUAUUUUUUUUAUAGUUACCAAUAACACUGUGUAGUCUUGCACAUUUAACUGUCUUCAAAAAAAGUGAGAUUUAAUGCUUUGUCAUCCUGGGGGUCAUGCACUAUGCUUUAAUCACCAUCAUGGGUGCUUUUGAUUUUAAGAAAUCUGAAAAGUUUCCCUCUCUUGGUUGUUGAAAAUAAAAAUUAAAAAUUUUGUCAAACUGCAAGGGGGGAAAUAAAUUUUUGGUUUUAUUUCCCACUACAGGCAAAACCGCAAAACCCAUAGAAUCUUUCCAGUUUGGUCGACAUGAAUUACCUGUGCGACUUGCACACAUUAUUCGUGAGAUUGAUCUUCUUCCUAAGAAUUUGCUUAAGAUGCCUUCAGUUGAGCUAGUUAGAAGCUGGUAAGUACUAAACCUUUACUCCUAAAAACCAGUAUCCAUAUUUUCUAUAAGUGGUGCUGACGUGGUGAAUUUGCUUAACAGUCUAAAGCUCCUUUAAUUCAUGAUCAUCUCUCGGUUCUUGUGACCUUAUUGUGUGAUUUAGGGGUGAUAUUGUGAGCAGACAUUAAAUGCUAGUGACUCGAAAGGGUGAAAAGGUUAAUCUGUGUUAUUUUGAUGUAGUACUUCAAAUUGAUGUUGUGCAUAUCGACUGCCAUAUAUCAAUCUACUCUGGGGCAAGUUCUCCAUAGCUCUGAAAGGUAGAGCCUCCCUCUUGAGACAAAGUUAUUGUUGUUAUUGUGCCUCCCUCUCUAGAUAAAGCAACUGAUCAUAAACUCAAAAGAGUUGAUCCAAAAUUGUAAAGGAGAACUUGUAUUUUUAUCCCUUUCUAUGCCCAAGAGGAACGUUUAAAGGAGAUGUCUUUACUUGUGGAAAAGCUAUCUGGCAAUAUUGUCACGUAAAUGCAAGCUAAUGAAAGGCAUUACUUUGUCCAAGUUUCCAAACCGCUAUAGCUUCAUUGCAUCAGGACCGUAAUUGUGAAUAAUUUUUUAAGUAUUCAUUUAUGUAUUAUUGAGUUGAUUUAUGGUUUGUUUCCUUCCUGUUUUAGGUAUGUUCAAAGCUUUAGUGAGUUAAUUGAGUUCCAAGAUGAACAAGAAACAGAAGAAGUUUCGAAUAGGUAAUGUUGUGUCAGUAACAUGCAUACAUGUAUACAUACAUCCUUUAUUUGGUAAAGCAGGUUGAAUAAAUGGCAGCUGUUGCUGAUGUGGACCUGCAAUCUAUUUUACACUAUUCUUUACAUGCCAGACCACAUCACAGUAAUCUCAUGAGUGGGUUCUUUAAUGUCCCCUGCCUAACCAAAUUAUCAAUAGAUGCAGGAGAUGGGACCUAUGGUUUAUUCGUCUUUAUCAAGAAGACUAAAAUGUAUGUAUUAUAAUAAUUAAAUGCAUUAUAGAAAGGUAGCAAAUUCUUCUCAGUUAUUUUAAGACCUUGAGUGUUGGUCCAGCCAUGGCUUCAAACCCUUGACCUGCCGCACAACAGUCCGGCACUCUAACCAAUUGGGCUAACUGGGAGGCAGUCAUAAGCAGUGUUCUCUCGUAUUUUAAGCAUGACAGGUUAAAGAAAAUUUUAAACCAGUAGAGCAAUCCUUAUACCUGUUGAAAUUUUAUAAAUUCCAAGCAAUUGAAUUUUACCAGUUAAUGCCUGAAAAGGAGAGCACUGUAUUAGUAGAGGAGUGUGGUGGUAAAGAAGUAUUUGACAAGCAGCUGAAGAACUCUUUUCUGACAAGGUCUGGAACAUGGAAAAUAAACAAUGGCCUUCUAACAUGUUUGUUUCAGAUAUACCCAAAGUCUGAAGCACAUUAAACAGAGGCAUGAUAAUGUUGUUGAGACAAUGGCUCAGGUAUUUGUUUAUGCUGGUGCAACUCAUUAUAACUUUCGUUUGUAUUAUAUUUCAUUUUCAUUUCCUUAACAAUUGAAUAAGCCACCUUUAUAUCUUACCUUUACACCUUCAAAGUUGUGCUCAAAUCAUAUUUUAAUUUUUUUUAUAAUUCAGGGAAUUAUGGAAUUAAGAGAGAGGGACGGAGAUGGUGCAUUUCAUCCAUCCAUAGAAUACUUUUUAGGUAAACAUACAUUUUAUUGUUGUGUUUUAAAGAAAGCUUUUUUUGUUUUUUGUUCAGACUAAUAUUGUAUAUAAUAUUUUCCUUAAGCACUAAAAAAUUAGCUAUCAUUCAGGUAGAGAAACUGCAUAAAGCAGAAAGGUAAUUCAUGCCAUGAAACAGAAUCUUUCUUUAUCUUGAUCUCCUUGACAAAAUGAAUUUUCAUUUGUCAGUAAAAAUAUUUUUCCCAAAUAUUGCUUCAAUUACAAGCAUAGUGGUCGAAUUCUGUAUGGUAGCAGAUAGUUUUUCAAUUCCCGUUGAUUAAAGAUCACCCUGUUUUUUUAUUGACAGAUCGUUUUUACAUGAAUCGGAUUAGUAUACGAAUGCUUAUCACUCAGCAUUGUAAGUACACUUUUAUUUAUUGCUUUUACCUCAUUGUAUGAUGUAGUCAUGCUAAACCAAUAUGUGGUAGUUUUGUUAGCAACAAGACUGUCCUCUUUUUUAGUGGCAUUUUGUUCAAUCAGUUUUAAACUACCUCCAAUUUUUAAACCUUAUGCAUUGAUGUAUUCCCUAUGUGAGGAUGCUGAUAAGCUUGGUGCUGGUUGAAUUUAUAUGAAUCUAAGUGAGCCCUUGUUUGGAAGUUUUCAAUUGGGAGGCAAGAGCUUUAUGCAACCUACUUGCAACUUUGCAGUUGCAGUGUUGUGAAAACCUAGGAUUUGAUCGACUUUGCAAAAGCAGAGUAAAAAAAUUUUAAUUAUUUUCUACUAGAUCCAAGGAGCCUCUGAUUGAUCUUAAUUGCAUCAAUAUCUUUACUAGUAUUGUGAAUAGAUUACACAACAGACCGGCUAUUGGCACUCUUAAAUCAAGACCUUGGUUAAAUUAAGUGUUUUGGGUUGGAUUUAAAUAAUAAAAUUACUAGAAUUUGUAAUGAAAAAUUGAAAACCCCCUUUAACAUAGACAUUUCAAUGCCAAUACCUUCUCAACCAGUUUCAUGAUGGGAAGAAAGAAAAAACAACAACAUCAACAAGGAGAUAUUAGUUGAUCUAACACCAAAUUCUUUAAGCUUGAGUAUGAGAAAUAUCAGUAUGUGGAAGAGCAUACAGGGAAAUGAUGUUUAGAUCUUGGAAGUGAAGGGGAUAAUUGUUUUUGGAAUAAAACUGAGGGUAACCUUAGCAUUCUCUUUCUUGUAUUUUCAUUUACUAGUGGUGCUGUUUGGUCAAGAUGCAAGAAGCUCCAAGAGCAAUUUUAUUGGUUGUUUUGACCCAAACUGUCAUGUUGCUUCAGUGGUAGAAGGUAUUUGAUACACUUGAUGUUGUUGCAUUGCGUUUUUAAGCAUCUUUGUCCAUCACAGAGUAGGUGAACACAGAUAGUGGGGUGUGUAGAGCACUUGCCAUCUAUUGGUGUAGUGUAGGUUCAAUUUUCACCCCUGACAUUACAUGUGAGUGGAACAUUCUGUUGAUUCUUGUCCUUACCCUUGAGAUUUGUUUACUUUCUCAGAAACCAAGGCUCCAAACUCCUGUUUGGAUCAACAGUCAUAGGAAUGUAGUCAGUAGAAUAUUCUGCACACAGUUAUGGGUCUAAAGUCAUACCAUGCUUAAUAUCAAAUACCUCCUCUUAUUUUCUCAGAUGCUGUAAAUAAUGCUGCCUACCUCUGUGAACAUUAUUAUUGUGCUGCUCCUGGGGUGGAAAUUUCUGAGUUUAAUGGUAAGCUUUCCUCUCUCAAACUAUCUUUUAACAUAAAUGCGUGCAAUCAUUUAUACAAAAAUAGAUCUAUACCAUAAACUGAAUCCUACAUACAUUUUGAUUGGUUCCCACUUAUGCACCACUGGAGGGCAGAUGCUUAGGUGACAUCACAGUUAAUAACAUUUUGAUUUUUUAUCAAACAAAACAGUUAGAUUCCAUGCAUAUUGCUGUGGGUUUGUUCAAUAACAGAUCUCAGAAGAGGUCAGAAUAUAGUAGGAACAUCAGUGACACACUUGGCUACAUCAACCCCAUCUGUGAUUUAUUAAUAAACCAACAAAUAGCAAUAUGGAAUCUAUUUUUUAAUUUCAUCCAGUUUGUGACUCCCCACGAACACUUUGUUGUCUCUAAAAAAUGUACAUUUUUUCAGAAUAGCAGAAUUCCUUGUUGUAACAAUUACUUUUGUUCUUGUAAUGACUUUCAAGUUGAAGAAGUAAAUCGGGGUUGUAUUUUUUCCAUUUAGGUGUUGAUCUUAAAAAACCCAUCCAAAUGGCCUAUGUUCCUGGACACUUGUAUCACAUGCUCUUUGAAUUAAUGAAGGUAUGUUCUUGGCACACUGUUUAAAAUGUGACAAAGUUUCACUGGGUUGAAUAAUCCACCACUAUUUCAAAAAUAAGUCUCAUUCUUUUCGCAAAGAAUACUCAUUUUAACUGUCAGCCCUUACCAGGUUUAGGGAAAGUGGCAUUAAAUGGUUUUGAAAUAUGCUUUUAAUUUUUCAGGGUGUGAACUUAGCUAAUCAAGUUUGCAAUACAACUUUGUGCUUUAACAAGUGGGCUGCUUAUGGCAAUUAAAAUGAUAAAUCAUUGCUUAAAAACUGAUAUUCAUUACUGCUCUUUAUUUAAGAAUGCCAUGCGUGCAGUUGUGGAACAACAUGGAAGCAGUACUGAUGUUCCUCCUUUAAAGAUCAUGAUAACCAAAGGAAGACAUGACAUGACAAUCAAGGUAGCAUCAAUUUAACUCUGUUUCAGCAGCCUGUUUUGCCAGCCUUCAGCAUUACAUGUAGUUUCCUAGACUCACUUACAAUUCCCGAACUUUGGAUUUGUUUGAUUUAUUCCUAGUGAAAGAUAAGGAUGUUUACACACAAAGUUGAAGCACUACCUUAUUCUGUGUGCCAUUAAUUAGAUGUUGCCUAGCUUCAUUAAACAUGCUUGUCAUGUAAUAAACUCUUCAGAAAAGAGAACUCUUCAAAGGCUCCUACAUUGACAGUCAAACUUUUUGUUCUCUUUUUUCGGUUUUAUCAACUGAAUUGAUAAUUUAAAUUUAGGCUGUGAGGGGUUUCUUUACCCUCUAACCCCUAAGAGUGACCAGCAUCCAAUUUCUCUUUACAAUAUCACCACUGAAUCACACAUUAAUGUUAUGAGAAUAAAGGAAAUGAUCACCAGCUAAAGAAACUCUUGAUUGUUAAACAAGUUCUCCUUGUCAGCACCUUAGUAAAUGUACAGAGAACAGUAGGGAGAAUAUGAUUACUGAUGUUAGGGAGUAAAGGGCUAAGUUGACAUUUUGAGAGUUGGCCCUUUGUCUGAGCUGACUGAGAGUGCUAAUUCUCAAAACAUCAGCUUUAGAAAAUCUUUAUGGUAGCCAAUUUAUUUUAUAAACACAGUUCUCACUGGGUACAAUUAUUUCAUGAAUAUACAUGUGCAUGAUUUGAAAGUAACCUUUGAUGAAGACUAAUUCCACACAUUACUUGCAAUAGGAUUGUCCAACUAUUUUUUUUAUUUUUAUGAAAGCUGUAUUGUGAUUUAAUCAUUGCUUUCCGAACUUUGACUCUUUUUUUAAUGCUUGAGUUCAAUUAUGUAGAAUGCCCCAAUGUUGUUGUCAUUAAGUUUAGAGUUCUUUUCCCUUUGCCUGUUUAGAUUUCUGAUCAAGGAGGUGGAAUCCCAAAGAGUACAAUUGAUCAAGUGUUUGAGUAUCAUUAUACAUCGGCACCAGAGCCACUGAAAGCUGGUUCUGCUGCCCCUAUGGUAAGAAAACACACAAUUUCCAACAAUGUGAAAUUUCAAUUACAACCAUGUACGCUUCAAGAUGUGAAGUUAUUGAAAAACCGCAUUUCCUCAAAUAAGCGCCUAUUUGAGGUACCAGUAGAUUACGGAAUAAUAAGUAAAUGGAACUUCGAAAUCUUGGGCACUGUUUUUGGAAUGAAAGAUUACUUUCAAAGUGUGUUUAUCAAUAAUAAAAAACCGUCGUAAACAGCCGAAACGUAAGUUUCAUUUAAAAUGUCGGCUAAGAGGAAAAAACUUUAAAAACCAUAUUUUAAUCUUUACUCUUGGAAAUGAUCGGCAGUUGAAUCCUCGUAACAAUUUUGGAACGGCAUCAAAUUGAUGGCUAAUGAGAUUAUAGAAAAUUAACAAUAAAGGUCUUGAUAAGCCAGCUCAGAUCCGUUGUUGAUAUGUUUUUUAUAUCGUUCCAGGCCGGCUAUGGAUACGGGCUGCCAUUAUCAAGACUCUAUGCCAGAUAUUUUGAUGGAGAUAUGCAGCUUUAUUCCAUGGAAGGUUUUGGUACAGAUGCUGUGAUCUGGUUAAAGGUAAGACUUUGGUCGUCUUUGUUUUGUAGCAACAACUCACAUCGUGAAAUUUUGCCUGAAAAACAGGAAUUUUUUUGAACUCUAUUUAAGUAACAGUCUACAAUACAGAAUGAUUGUCCUAGCCUGUGAGCAAGCCCUCUCAAUUAGCGCUGAAGGGCGCGCGAUUCUUCGCCUGCGGGAAGAUUUGAGACGAGUCGGGGAGAGGUUUGUUGGGGGUCUGGUCUCAAUAUCAGUGCCAGACCCCUCGCUGGCUCGCGUUUCUCAUGCUUCAUACGCAUUCAUGACUAUUAGCUCAGACUGAACGCGAACUUUCCAAGUAUUUGUGUCUCAGCUGCAUCAAAAUGUUUGGGUUAACGGUGUGUUACUUUUUGUUUUACAGGCGCUAUCAGCUGAAGCUAGUGAAAUUCUACCUCAAUACACCAGACGGACACCAAAGAAUUAUGAAGAAGUUAGACUGUCAGCUCAACACUGUCGAGACUGGAGCUCUUCCAAAUUUUACGGAUAUGGAAACAAAUUUAUGUCGACAUAUCAAGGAAUGAUGAGAGCAAGGAGGUUGCAUAACAGUCGGAGAACUGCGAACUCGUCGUGAAUAGGCUCGCCAUUAGGGUCCAGUGUGCAGACAGCCGUAUUAUUUUAGAUAGACCUGUCUUUGAUAUUAUUUUACAAGAAGAGUGCGUGAGGUCGUCGAGUCCAACUUCACUUUACUCUAGAUAGAAGAGAUAGAAUAAAUAAACUCAUUUCAUCUAAGCCAUAUUUAUAUUUAGUACGGGCAGAUUUGUCGUGGACAGACCCAUUUGUGGGUCUGGAUAAUUCAAUGGGGCCUGCUUGAUUCUUGCUUUUUUUCGAAACCGCCAUGGACAAACAAGGCCAACUCUAACAAUUCUCGACAAUCCUAGUCGAGUUGUCUUAUUUGGGCAAUUUUACAUUGGGAAACCUUUUCACCUAUCCUCUUUAAAACUAUAUUUUAAAAUAUAUUUGUAAAGAUAAACUGGUGCAAUAAUUUAAAUGUAAAGCAACAAAUGUUUUUAGGUAUUUACACGUUAUAUCCUUAGAUGUACCAUUCUGGGAACCGUCAUUUUGAUCCACACUCACGAUUUUUCACAAAUUAUCAAUGUAUUUAUAUAGAUU